GUCUAGGCAGCCUCCUCCCCAAGCCCACACCUCAGGACUGCAGCUGAGUCAGGCCUCUUCUUGAGUGGGUCAUGGCUAGGAUAUGGUUGCUGCUUUUCCUGGUCCUCAGGGGUCAGACCCUGCCCACAGGCAUAGCUGGCAUCCCCUUUCCUUCUCUGGCUCCACCUAUCACCCUGCUGGUGGAUGGGAGGCAGCAGAUGCUGGUGGUCUGCUUGGUCCUUGAUGCGGCACCCCCUGGCCUUGACAGCCCUGUCUGGUUCUCAGCUGGCAACGGCACUGCACUAGAUGCCUUCACCUAUGGGCCCUCCCCAGCACCGGAUGGCACCUGGACCAGCCUAGCCCAGCUCUCCCUGCCCUCUGAAGAGCUGGAAGCCUGGGAGCCCUUGGUCUGCCAUGCCAGGCCUGGGGCGGGGGGCCAGAGCCGGAGCACGCUCCCCCUCCAGCUGUCAGCGGAAGCAUCCACAGGCAGGACCUGCUUUCAGGAACCUCUCAGGGGGACACCGGGUCAGGUACUGCGGCUGAGCGCUCUGCGACUGCUUCUCUUCAAGCUGCUUCUGCUGGACGUGCUUCUGACCUGCGGCCGCCUCUGUGUGCUGGCGGACCAGCUCCUACUGCCACCACGCCCACUCAAGUCCCUGCCUCCCACCCACCGAAUCCGGACGUAGUAAUGGGAGACUUGAAGGUUUGAUCUGAUCCAACCCUCUGAGGCUCUUUGCUGAGGCCAAGAUGGUGAUGCUGGACCCUUCUGCCACCUGGGGCAGGGGUACAAAGCCCAGGCUGCGAGGAGGCCAGCUUUGCCCGCAGCUCCUGUCCCCCCCCCCGCCCCCCUUUCUCAAGCUGCAGAAUUUUUUCCCCUGUAUGUGGUCUGCCUCUUCCUGUGAACAAGAUUAUCUGGGACUGGGCUCUGCCUCCCUUGUCAGCCUGAGGCUUUGGGAGGAAAAGGACUGUGUCUCUCUGGUGAGACAGGGAAGGAGGCGAGGGUAUGCCCCAGUGUGUAUGAUCGGGCACAAUACAGAAGGGUUAGAGACACUAACACACUGCACAGCCAUUCAUUUGUGCGCCUGCCAGAGAUAGUGUGCCCGAUAAAGAGGAAGCGGAGAUCUGGGAAGGCUCCAUGGAAGAAGAGUGGGAACCUAGCAAUUGCCUGGUGGGUCUGGGGACUGGGGAAGGGUUGCUGGGACUCUCCUUCCCCGACUAUCAAUCUCUCCGUUUCCUUACCCUGGCUCAGCCUCUCUGAGAGGGCAAAGUGGAGCCAGAGAGCCAGGGAGGUAAUGCUUGUGCAGACUUGAGGGAAGAGUGCAGAGCCAGGAUUCCCGGGCAUCAGGAUCACAUCCAGUGCUAGCGCAUAAGAUGGUAAUUGCAAACCUACACGCUAUUAAUUAAAGGUCAUUAUUCAUUUGAAAAAUAUUAACUCAGCAUCAGCUGGGGCCAGGUAGUAAAAAGGUUUGGUUUUGUUGAUUUUUCCUUGUUCCUAAAGAGAGUUCCUGCAUGGACAGAGAAUAAGGUUCCCACAGAGGAGAAGGCUUUAUUUCCAAUCACAUGUACUGUGUGUGUGAGUGAGUGUGUGAGUGUGUGUGUUUGCCCAUGCCCACGGAUGCCAGGGGCAGAGCUGUUAGAAAUGGCUGUGGGACACCUAAUGUGGCUGUUGGGUACCCAGCACGGGCUUCUGGGAGACCAGCUCCUCAUUCCUUGAGUCUUUCUUUCUUUCCCUUUCCCUUUCUGUUUUCUCUUUCUUUCUUUCUUUCUUUCUUUCUUUCUUUCUUUCUUUCUUUCUUUAUUCUUUUCUUUCUUUCUUUCGUUCUUUCUUUCUCUCUUUCUUUCCUUCCACUUCUGCUUCUUCAAGAUAGAGUCUUGGGUGCUGGAGAGAGGGUUCAGAGGUUAAGAGCACUGGUUGCUCUUCCAGAAGACUGCAGGUUCAAUUCCCAGCACCCACAUGGCAGUUCACAGCUGUCUGUAACUACGGUUCCAGGGGAUCUGGCAUCUUCACAGACACACAUGUAGGCAAAACACCAAUAUACAUUUUUGUUUUGUUUUGUUUUUAAAGAAUCUUACUGCAUAGCCCAGGCUGGCCUCAAACUCAUAGAGAGAGAUACUCUUGCCUUUGCCUCCUGCGUGCUGGGAUUUUUAAAAAUUUUAUUAACUUAUGUAUACAGUAUUCUGCCUGCAUGUGUGCCUGCACAGCAGAAGUGGGCUCCAUAUCGCAUCACAGAUGGCUGUGAGCCACAAUGUGAUUGCUGGGAAUCGAACUCAAGAUCUCUGGAAGAGCAGGCAGUGCUCUUAACCUCUGAGCCAUCUCUCCAGCCCUGAGUGCUUAGAUUAAAAGCAAUCCUGCUACCUACCCAGCCCUAAGGCUCUUUCUUAAUCAAUUCUACUAUCUAUAAUGAGACAGGGUCUCUCAGUUGAACUCUGAAUUCUUAACUAAAUCUAGAGCUCACAGAUAAUGACUAGUCAGGCUCGUCAGCGAGUUCUGGGGAUCCUGUCUCCAGACGACACUGGAACUGCUAGUGGGCUCCGAGGAUUUGUGAUUGUGUGGUGAGAACGUUAACCUCUGGAGGAGGAAGAUAACAGGAGGAUCACUCUGCCAUCAAACAAAUAGAUUCUGGUCGAAGAAGUCACUAAUUCUAGUUUGCUUACGGACAAAUACAAGGUUAGUGUGUAUCAGGGCUGUUAUGAGUUCCUAAGUACGCGUUAGAGAGAGUGACUGCAAUAACAUUUAAGAGCGGGUGUUUAGUGAAGGUUUGCAAAGAAAACCAUGAAUUAAGAGGGUUGACGAAUUGCCUUAACAGGUAAAAGUGGUACCCAUCGAGUCUAAGGGCAAGAGUUUGAUGCCCACGCCCAACAUGAUAGAAGUAAGCAACUGAUUUUAGUUGUUCCCUAACGCAAAAUAGAUUUUAAAAAUACUUUUUAUACCUUCAAGUAGAAAAGCAUGAGGCCCGGUGUGGAGGCGCACGCCAGAGGCAGGUGGAGCUAAGAAUUUGAGGCCAGCCAGGUCUACAGAGUGAAGUUCCAGGGCAGCCAAGGCUAUAUGCAACAGAGAAACCCUGUCUCGCAAAACAAACAACACCCCCCUCCAAAAAAAAAAAAAACCAAAAAACUAUGAAAGAUAUUCCGCUCCUUGUUAUACAGGCCUACAGAGCCAAACCCGGUUCAUCUACUCUGGAGGAUGGGAUGCUCCAGCCUCUCCAAGCCUCCGUUAGAAAGCGGGGAGCUCGCAAUAGGUCGCCA